GCCGGCGACAUUAGCUAGCGCUCGCUCAACUCUCUCUAACGGGGAAGCAGCGGACUACAAGAGACUGAACUGUAUCUGCCUCUAUUUCCAACAGACUCACGUUCAACUUUCGCUCACAAAAAAAGCCGGGAAAAUUUUAUUAAUCCUUUUUUUAAAAAAGUUAAUAUAAAAUUAUAGCAAAAAAAGGAACCUGAACUUUAGUAACACAGCUGGAACAAUCCGCAGCGGCAGCGGCGGGAGAAGAGAUUUAAUUUAGUUGAUUUUCUGUGGUUGUUGGUUGUUCGCUAGUCUCACGGUGAUGGAAGCUGCACAUUUUUUCGAAGGUACCGAGAAGCUGCUGGAGGUUUGGUUCUCCCGGCAGCAACCCGACGCAAACCAAGGAUCUGGGGAUCUUCGCACUAUCCCAAGGUCUGAGUGGGAUGUACUUUUGAAGGAUGUGCAAUGUUCAAUCAUAAGUGUGACAAAAACUGACAAGCAGGAAGCUUAUGUACUCAGUGAGAGUAGCAUGUUUGUCUCCAAGAGACGUUUCAUUUUGAAGACAUGUGGUACCACCCUCUUGCUGAAAGCACUGGUUCCCCUGUUGAAGCUUGCUAGGGAUUACAGUGGGUUUGACUCAAUUCAAAGCUUCUUUUAUUCUCGGAAGAAUUUCAUGAAGCCUUCUCACCAAGGGUACCCACACCGGAAUUUCCAGGAAGAAAUAGAGUUUCUUAAUGCAAUUUUCCCAAAUGGAGCAGCAUACUGUAUGGGACGUAUGAAUUCAGACUGUUGGUACUUGUAUACUCUGGAUUUCCCAGAGAGUCGGGUAAUCAGUCAGCCAGAUCAAACCCUGGAAAUUCUGAUGAGUGAGCUUGACCCAGCAGUUAUGGACCAGUUCUACAUGAAAGAUGGUGUUACUGCAAAGGAUGUCACUCGUGAGAGUGGAAUUCGUGACCUGAUACCAGGUUCUGUCAUUGAUGCCACACUGUUCAAUCCUUGUGGGUAUUCAAUGAAUGGAAUGAAAUCGGAUGGAACUUAUUGGACUAUUCACAUCACUCCAGAACCAGAAUUUUCUUAUGUUAGCUUUGAAACAAACUUAAGUCAGACCUCCUAUGAUGACCUGAUCAGGAAAGUUGUGGAAGUCUUCAAGCCAGGAAAAUUUGUGACCACCUUGUUUGUUAAUCAGAGUUCUAAAUGUCGCACAGUGCUUUCUUCGCCCCAGAAGAUUGAAGGUUUUAAACGUCUUGAUUGCCAGAGUGCCAUGUUCAAUGAUUACAAUUUUGUUUUUACCAGUUUUGCUAAGAAGCAGCAGCAACAGCAGAGUUGAAUAAGAAAAAUGAAGAAAAAACGCAAAAAGAGAACACACAUAGAAGGUGGUGGCUGCUUUUUAGAUGUUGAAACUGGGGGCCAUGCUUUCCAUAACCACCACCUUGUAGUUGCAGAAAGCCCUAGAUGUAAUGAUAGUGUAAUCAUUUUGAAUUGUAUGCAUUAUUAUAUCAAGGAGUUAGGUAUCUUGCAUGAAUGCUGUCUUCUGUGUUUAGGUAUUCUUUGCCACUCUUGCUGUGAAAUUGAAGUGCAUGUAGAAAAAAACUUUUACUAUAUGGAACUUUACAACACUUGUGAAAGCAAUUCAAUUUGGUUUAUUAGGCACAGUGUAAUAUAUCUCCAGGUAUCAUCCAAAAUUCCCCACAGACAAGGCUUUCGUCCUCAUUAGGUGUUGGCCUUAGCUUAACCAUUUGGGACUGUUCUAUUAAAUUGCUGCCAGAAUUUUACAUCCAGUUACGUCCACUUUCUAGAAUAUAUUCUACUAAUGUUACUGAAACCAAUUUCUCCUACAUACCAAUGUGUUUUUUGCAACAGCAAUUAAAAUUUUUCUUCCAGAGUUGAGUCAGUACUCUUAAGAAAAUGAUUCCAGUUUCUCAUUUUAUGUAUUUUUUUUUUUGCUCCCUGCAUUUGUAGUCCUUUAAUUGAUUUCUUCCCUCACUAGUGUCUUCCUCCCAACCCCCCAAAUAAAGCAAUACACUGUUACACUGUGGAUUUAUAUACUAUAUUCUUACACCGCAGACGGUAGAGAGGAGAUGGUCCCUGGGCUUUUAAGGACAUGGGGAUUGGACCUCCAUUCUAUUGGCAUGGGCUCUUUUGAAAGAUGUGACAAAAAUAAACAUCUCCAGUGUUGAUUAGCAGGGAAAACCCACAAGGUUGAAGAUUGAGAUUAGGGUGUACUGGCUGAAGUGGGUGGAAACCAUAUGCUAGUCUGUGCUCUUUAGUAAAUGAGAUCAGUUUCUAAGGAGCACCAUGCCUUUACUAGCUUGCUAAGUAGUAUAAAAGGAUUUUUAUCACUAAAUUGAUUAACGGGGAGAGAGUUAGCAUAAAGGUUGUUCUGGAUUCAAUAAGUCAAGUUAGCUUGGAUCAUUCACCUUAACUUGCUUAGCGGUCAUUACCACUAAUUUCCAUUAGUAGUGUAAUGUAAACUUUGAUUCAAAGCAGAAUCAUUGUUUUUUCCAUUGUGUGACUUUGUGAUGCAUUUGUGUGUUCUGACUUCAUCUGUUCCUUUAACUAUGGUGUUUUUUUCACCGUGGAAGUCACAGGAUCAAAUGAAUGACUGCCCAGGAAAAGAAUUAUCCAGAUUAUUCCGAUAUAAAUCAUGAAGCAGAAUAUGUGAAUGAAUAAAUAAUACAUGACAUACAAAAUUCCAAAAUAUUCAAUGGGAAAUGACUAGAAAUAUAUAAGCUUUCAAGAGUCGGCAUCUUUUGAUUAUAUUUGCAAAUACUGUGGGAUUUAAGCAACUGAGAACUGCAAAGUUGGCUAAAUUUUGUAUUUCUUGUCCUCACAAUUUUUUAAUAAAUAAUUUCUGGAUUGA